AUGGGUGAGAAACCGGAGCCGCUUGCCAUGACAGUCCAUCUCCUUGCCAACUCUGGCCAUGGCUUGAUUCUGCAACGGACUCUGGACCAACUCCUAGAUGGCAUUUUUCCAGAGGUCCGCCUCUUUCUGGUCUCAGAGAGGGUCAGCCCCGUGAAAUCCUAUGAGAAAUACCACCCUAAGCGUUCCCGGUUCCCAGGGAUGUCUGUUUUGUUAUUCCUGCAUGAAAGCCUUGGUGAGGAGCGGAUAGUUCGUGUUCUCAACUCCCUUCAGCAUUCGCCUUGGCAAUAUUACCCCAUCCAGAAUGUCCAGGGAAGACUAUGUCCUUCCCUUCUGGCCAACCAGGAGUUCUACAGUCUGGACCAGCAGAUGCCUGUCUGGGGAGUGAGGCAGGUGCACUGUGGUUCUGAGAUCCUGCGGGUGACUCUCUACUGCGACUUUGACAACUACGAGGAUGCCAUCAGACUCUAUGAGAUGAUCUUACAGAAGGAAGCCACCUUGCAGAAGAGCAACUUCUGUGUCUUUGUGCUCUACUCCACUGCAAGCUUUGCUCUGCAGCUCUCCCUGAAACAGCUCCCUCUGGGAGUGUCAGUGGACCCCAAAGAGUCUUCAGUGCUACAGUUCAAAGUUCAAGAGAUCGGCCAGCUAGUGCCUCUUCUGCCCAACCCAUGUAUCCCCAUCAGCAGUACCAGGUGGCAAACUCAGGACUAUGAUGGCAACAAGAUUCUGCUGCAGGUCCAAGUGAAUCCAGGACUUGGUGCGAUGAAUGGUGAACUCUCCUCUCUGAAUGGCACCUCAGGAGCUGACACCCUUCUCCAGAGCUCCAAGCUAGCUUCUGUCUCUGCAAAGAGGACCCUAGAACCAAGGAGCAGGAGAAGCCGAAUCAGGAACUCCAAAGUGGGUUCUCUGCAGCUUCUGGAGCCUGGUAGAAGCCUAACCUCAGACAGUUUUAGUGGCACAUCAUGGCAAAGCCCUAGCUGGUCAUCUCCAGCCAGCAGCCUGCACAUAGACAACCAACUCUAUCUGCCUUCUCCCCACUUUGAAUCUGGGGUCAGAAUUGAGGCCCUCAGCCAGAGAAAUCCCUUUCAGAAGCUUGAGGCAGAAAUGAACGUUGAUACAGGGUUCACUGUGGUCAGUUCUGAACCUAGGCAAUCUUCUUUGGGCAGAUGUCCCAGAGAUUUGCAGACCAUCCAGCCUCCAUCCUGCUUGCCAGCUGCCUCAGUAGUGACGCCUGCCUCCCCAAACAGCACAGUCUUUGAGGAAAGGAUCCUUCCUUUGUCACUGGCUGGCCAGAGGGAACUCAAUGAAGGCAAGAUAAUCUCAAAAUGUGCCCUUCACCAGCCAGUCCAGAUGGAAGAAAAAGAAGAAGAAUUCUUUAUAUAG